AUGUCCAUGAGGAGCCUUGUCUCUCCUCAGCUGGAGCUUAAUGGAGCUGGGAAUAUGGUGAACUGCACUGUUAAAACAGAAGAGAAGAACGAGAGCCACUACAAGUUGACCCAGGGCGAGGCUCCUUGCACAACACCUGGCUCCAACAGCCCCAGUAAAUCACCCUUGCCCCUGGGUGACUUUGUUGAUUCCCUAAUUCUCCCACAGGAAUCUGAACCUCCAGUGGACAAGGCAUCAGAUUCCAGGAACCCUGUGCUCGAGACUGCAGUUGGCAACCAGGAAAAAUUGGAUUUCAAUAAAAAUCUAAGAGAAGUGAUGCCGACCAUUGAGAAGUUACUGUCCAGUGAAUGGAAAGAGAGACUUCUGGGGAAAAGUCCUAUGGAAUCCAAAGAGGUAAAAGGAACCCAAGAAAGCUUGGCAGAGAAAGAAUUACAACUGCUGGUCAUGAUUAACCAGCUGUCCAUCCUGAGGGACCAGCUGCUGACAGCCCAUUCAGAGCAAAAGAACAUGGCGGCUAUGCUGUUUGAGAAGCAGCAGCAACAGAUGGAGCUGGCCAGGCAACAGCAAGAACAGAUUGCCAAGCAACAACAACAACUUAUCCAGCAACAACACAAGAUCAACUUGCUGCAGCAGCAGAUCCAGCAGGUCAACAUGCCCUAUGUCAUGAUUCCAGCCUUUCCUCCCAACCACCACCCUCUUCCUGUCACUCCAGAGUCUCAGAUGGCACUUCCUAUCCAGCCAAUUCCAUGUAAGCCAGUGGAAUAUCCUAUGCAGCUGAUUCAUAGUCCACCUCCUUCAGCACUGAAGAGACCUGCAAGCUCAGGCCACCUACAAAUCCAGGAAUCUUCACAGCCACUGAACUUAACAGCAAAGUCUAAAGGCUCUGAACCCCACAAUGCCUCCAGCACACCUAGUUUAAAGAUUAGUAGCAGUCAGUCCCUCAGUGGUGUUUCUCGGGAGUUGCAGACCAGCCCUCCCAGCCUCCCUUUGGGAUUCCUUGGAGAGGGAGAUGCUAUAACUAAAGCAAUACAAGAUGCUCAGCAACUUCUGCACAACCAAAGCAGAGCUCUAGAUGGUUCUCCAAAUCAUCCAUACAUUAAGGAUCAUACCAAUUUGGAUUCUUCACCUGGAAAAGAACAGAUGGAUGAGUCAUCUCUUCAGAGACUGGAUGAGUCUCUACUAACAUGUGAAGGCGAUGGCUCACGGCAUUUUCCUGAGUCCAGGAACAACAACCACAUAAAGCGCCCCAUGAAUGCUUUUAUGGUGUGGGCCAAGGAUGAAAGACGUAAAAUUUUGCAAGCUUUCCCAGACAUGCACAAUUCAAGCAUCAGUAAGAUUCUAGGAUCCCGAUGGAAAUCCAUGUCCAAUCAGGAGAAGCAGCCUUAUUAUGAAGAGCAAGCACGGCUCAGCCGCCAGCAUCUGGAGAAGUAUCCCAAUUACAAGUACAAGCCCCGCCCCAAACGCACCUGCAUUGUGGAAGGGAAGCGGCUUCGUGUUGGCGAAUACAAGGCACUGAUGAGGAAUCGGCGCCAGGACGCCAGGCAGGGCUACCUGAUUGCGCCCCAAAGCAGCCAGAUGCCACCUUCCUCUUCGGAUCUCAUGUACCAGCGAUCAGUUGGGAUUCAGCUAGCUCCACCACUGAUGGAUCACUACUUGUCCCAUGGCAUGGAACCAAACAUGCCAGUCAUAGUGAACACAUGUAGUCUGAAGCCAGAGGAAGGGGAUGGGGCAGAGGACAGUCAUUCAAUGCCUGAUGGGGAGAUGUACCACUACAGUGAAGAUGAGGAUUCUGAGGGCGAGGAGAAGAGUGAUGGCGAGCUAGUGGUUCUCACAGACUAAUGUCACAAGAAGCGAGCAAGUAUGGAAACUAUGGACAAGCCUUUGUCCUCUUUCCAACCUGGAACAAUUAAUGGCAUUGGAAGAAACAAGGGGGAGGAGCUUGUUAAAGUGGAAAUGGACACGGAGCAGAGGAACAAUUCUUUAUGCCAUCAUCUGUGGUAUUGGUAGAGUUUAUUUCCCAUCCAUUUAUCAUCUGUGGAAAGGGAGGAAUUUUUUCUUUGACCUGCUGAAUUUACCCCAAGGAAAUUGAAUAUGAAUUGACUAUGAAUCUUGUAACAAAUCUGGUAUUUUUUCUUACUAAGGUCAGAACUCCUGUUAAGGAUAUCCCAAAUCUUCACUGAAGUUAAAUAAGAGGGAACAAAGGUAUUAUGGAGUCACUAAAGGAUGAAGAAUGAGAAUUGAAAUACCGAGCAGAUUUCAGAACCUAUAAUGUUUGAACCCAUCUUCCUAGCAGCUCAGUAUUUAUGCUCUCAGGAAUGAAAGUUUGACUGGAAAAAGCUUCCUCCUUCCAAUCGCAACUGUGUGUAUAUUUUGUGUAGUGUUCAGUUGGGUUGGAGUUAGGGGCAAAUGCUCUGUGGCUGGGUAGCAAUUAUGUCUCUUGUUCGUUUUCUCUACGGCUU